UUCUCGGUUUCGGGCAUAGUUCCAACCUCCCAGUUCGCACACGCACCUACGUAGGACGCUGCGGAAGAACAACCGGCUGGAGGAGCCGGAGAUCGAUCGAUGGGGGCGGACGAUGGUCGUCGCGACGACGACGGCUGGCAGUGCCGGCCGCUGGGGCUCCUGAUCGGCCUGCCGUUCGCCGCCCUCGCGUUAGUGCUCUCGCUCGCCGGCGCCGUCGUCUGGAUCCUCGGGUCGGCGCUGAGCUGCGUGUGCCCGUGCUGCGUGUGCUGCGCGGCGGUGGCGAACCUGGCGGUGGGCCUCGUCCAGAUGCCCGUCAAGGUCAUCCGCUGGUUCAUCAGGCAGAUCCCCUGCUAGGCUGCUCAAUUGUACUUCUGAAGUAAAUGUUGUCAUCUUGUUUUCAGUUGUACUCCCUCCGUCUGAAAUUACUUGUCAUAGAAAUAAAUAAAAGUAGAUGUAUCUAGAAUUAAAAUGCGUCUAGAUACAUAUAUUUUUAUUGUAAGUAUUUCCGGACAGAGGGAGUAGUUUGCAUGCUUGCUGAACGAGAGGCCGGAGAUAUGAUUUGGUCGUGUUUCCUUCCCACGUCUCACCUAAAUAAACGACGCCGCGUAGAGGCAAAACAUGUUCUUUCUCGAGACAUUUUAGGACGAU